GCGAGAUGGUGGCCAACAGCGCGGAGCCCGUGGCCUCGCGAGCUGCCGCCGCUGCCGCGGAAGCCUGCUACCCCGAGGUCAAACCAGGGUUCACAACCCUAAAUUCCUAUUCCUGCAGCGAUGACCCAAGCUUGUGGAAAGAAACUGUUCACAGUGAGGACAUGGUCCAAACAGGGGAUUGUUUCAAUCUUUACAAAUCACAGGUAAACUGUAAGCAACAAGGAAUGGACACCCAGUUAUUCAGUCCUUUGCUGGGUGAGAUUACUAAUACACCAUCUCUGGAAUCUUCUGGUUUAUAUAGUAACUGGUCAGUUUAUGGAGAUGACACUAGCCCACCCACUGCCUUUCAAGACUAUGCCAAUGAAAGGGCACAAAUCAAUUUAUGUUACUCCGGAAAUGGCCCUGACACGUUUGGAUUGGUUUCAAACAUUUUGGAGAAGCCAAAUAUUCCGGACCCUGUUACUGACUGGAAUUCUUUGUCCAGAUUCCUUCCUCCCACAUGGACACCUAACUUUGGUAAUGAUGAUGACUAUUCAGGAUAUUCUCUCAGGAAUUCUGUCGAGGAUUUUUCAAACUUCAUUGAAACACAGAAUUUCAAUCAAGGACACUUUGAGACAUCACCUGAUAUAGAGAACUUGCAAAGUGCAUUUGAUAAUCUUAGAUUGGUAGAGUCUUGGCUUUCUCCUUCAGACCAUUCUAAUCAGCUACCUGACAAUAUUUUCAAAAGUACUUACCUGGAUAAUUCAGCUUUUAAAACCAAUUCAAUUAUUCAACCAAAAGGAUUCCCUUUGCAGAAUGAAGAAUUCAAUCAAAGUGAGACUAAUUAUAAGCAAACGAAAUUAAAUAAUGAUUAUGAAAAAAACUGUUCUGAUCUUAACUCUUAUUUUCAAAAUAUAUAUAAAGAUAGUGCUAGUAUUCAAAAGGAAUCCUGGAAACCUGAUAGAGCAAAUGAGAAGAUAAUGAAAAUUAAUAUCCAAGAACAAAUGAAAUGCUCCAAUGAUUUGGGCAGUCUGGCUGCUGAUCCAUAUGUAUUUCAUGAAAAUCAUUUGCUUCCUAAAAUAAAUGAAGGUAUGAUGCCUUCUCAGCAAAUACAAACAUCUGUUCCACCUCCUCUAUACUUUGUCAACCAACCAUUUCCUGAAGAAAAUUUGUCAGCAGUAAUCGACAAGAAAUCUCAGGAAACGAGCUCACUGAAUGAUCCCAGUAACUUCAACUUUAUGGGCAACUUUGAAGAUAAUGGUUGCCAAUUUCCCAGAAAUUCCAAAGAAAUUCUCUUGAAGCCCCUUGACUACGAUUUGUCUAUAAAUACUGCUUUACAGAAUGGAAACUGUCAGUCACUCUUCAGGGAGCAUAUUUGGGUGGAUGGGAACAUGUUAAGUCCAGUUCUGGUGGAAAAUUCUCCAUUUGUGAAGCCAAUAGCAUCAGGCUGUCAGCCUUCGUCUGGAGUUUCAGUCUUGUCUUCUGGCUCUCCCAUGCACCAGUCUUUGAUUUCUCCUUCAUACUACCCACAGACACCACCAGUACCCUUCAGGAAGGAAGGGAGGUUACAAAUGCCAAAUGGUGUCCAUAGUGGUCUGAGGUUUCCAAAUUCUAAUACUGAAAAUCAGAAGCCAAAUAUACAAAUGGGAUGUUUCCCCCAUGAUCCAUUGACUUCCAGGGGUCAUCAUUAUUGCAAAAUUCCUGCCCAUUUGUCAUCCAACUGCCUGUUGCAGCAGAAUGCUGCUAGUGAAUACUCUGAUAGAUAUAGAGUCCGCAAAAAACAGAGUCUAGAUGAUAGAAAAGAUAGGAAGAACUUGAUUCCCCAGCCUAGUUACAUAGGUCAGAACCGUCAGCAGUUUAACAUUUUCCGAAAGAAACAAGAAAAGAAUAGUGUUAAUAUGUCAGAUUUCAUCAAUCCUUCAAUCCUUCCUGCCGUCCCUUUUGUGUCGGAGCUUAAACAAAACCCUAAUUUUACCCCAUUUAACCCUUCUCCCUUUAUGCCAACAACUAACUUUACUUUCCCACCAUCAACAUUUCCUUUGUCAGAGCUUGUUGACGUUUUCCAUUAUGGUGGCCUUACCAAUUUGAAUCCCUUCGUUAGUGAUUUGUUUUGUAGGGAAGUAACACCACCAUACUUUGCCUUUCCACCACCUUUUAACAAAUACCGGCCACCAAGAAAUCGGAGUGGACCUGCUAAUGAACUUCAUACCCAACUGGAAGAGUGCUAUGAACAAUGGCGAGCUCUAGAAAAAGAACGGAAGAAGACUGAGGCAGAUCUUGCAAGAAACUUUCCAGGAAAGAGGGUCUCCACUUCAAAUAACACUCCUGUUUCCAGACUUCCUGCCAAUCCUUCCCGAGUGGAUCGCUUAAUUAUGGAUCAGUUAAAGGAACAAGCCAGAGUUUUGACCUUACUAAGAAAGAUGGAAAAGCUUCGUGGUAGCCCUGUCCAUGAAAAUAUAUCCAUCACUCUGGAACGCCACUUAGAAGCCAUUCAUGCUACUCAAGCCAAGCGUAAAGAUGAACUUGUUAAUGCUGCUAAUCCCCCACACCAAGGAAUUCAUUAUAAUAAUGAGAAAGAUGUCCUGGCUCUGGCAUUAGUCAUUAAAGAGCUUACCUUUGCAACACGGAAGACACGGACUGCUUUAUGGUGUGCAUUGCAGAUGACUUUGCCCAAAACUUGCUUCGGCCUGCCUGUGAAACAGGAAGAGAUUGAAAGGGUAUUACGAGAACUGUGUCCCCAAAAUGCUGGUACCCAGGAAAAAAUAAUUGUGGAACGUGAAAGUCAUGAAAUAGAAAAGGGAAGCAGAGAACCCAAAGUAGAUUCUCGAAUCAUUGCUUAAAAAUCUUGGGGGCAAAAUCACUUUUUUCCAAUUAUAAGCGUUUCCAGGUUUUCAAAAAGAAUUUAAAAAUAACUGAUGGAUGCAGUUUGGUUACUAUGAUUUCAGAAUGCGUAUUUCUAAAGAGUGAUGUGAUAUUUCUUAUAAUAUUGCAAUGUGUUCUCUGUGAAAUAUUGAAUCACUUUGGAAGAUGGAAAUAGCUGAAUAUUUCUUUGGUUCUCUCGAAUCCAAAAUUAACUUAUAUACCUUUAACCGUGAACUGGGAAAAGGAUAACUAACUUUUGUAACUGACAGAUGAUGGCAAAGUAUCUAAAAAGCAAAUUUUCCCCACAGUGUCUGCAAAGGGUACAUUGAGGUUUUUAAAAGGUUCUUAAAAUGAUUUGGGUGCCAAAGUAAUUUGAGUUUUUAAAGGUAUUUUUGCUGUACUAGAGCAGGAAAUUGAAAAGUCUCAUUUUUCCAAAUUGAUUAAUUAUUUAAGCUAUAGUGACUUAAUUUGAGAAAAUGUUUCACGUGAUCAUGUGGUCAAUUCAGGAUUUUCAGCUGGGAUAGUGAUCAUGGCUGAAUUCCUUUUUUACUGGUCCCCAAGGAAACAGAGGGACUGAAAGGUUUUUAUAAUUUAAGUAGCUUGUUAAAGUUAGCAUUAAUAGGUGAAUUAAAGUACACUCAGGAUUUGAAAUCACAUUCACUAAUUCCUUAUGAUGGAUUUUAAAGUAACUGUUUAACUUAGUAUGCACUUAAUCAAAAGUAUGGCCAUAUAUAUUAGCUUUUGGUACUAUAAUUUCUUAAA